UCAGUUUCGGAGGAUGAUCGAGUUAUGGUUGGCUCAGGACGUGACGAUGCUAGCGAUGGACGAACUUGUGGGAGUAAGGAUGCGCUGACAGAUGCAACUCGUCCGAACAAAGAUGCGCCCGAAGGCCAUCAGAAUCCUGAACUUUUCGCCUACGCCGAAGCUCCGACACAGCAAAUUUCGGUAAUAGAUGGGAAUUCACCUCCUCAGGAUGAGUAA